UCGUCCAAAUACUAAUUAUAAAUGCUGGAAGUGGUCUCGGGCCUCAAAGUCGGAGGGACAGCUGAAGUGGACACAUCGCGCCAUAUUAGUUCAGACAAGAUGAAUGUCGUCGGAUACUUAAUUACGCUUGCUAAUCUCCAGAGUUUCCAAGACUCUGGCGGGCCUUUGAAGGACUUGUCCAUACGAGUGAGCGAUGUGCAGACACUUGCAAACGAGCUGAAGAGCCUCCCCGAGUUCACCCUCGAGGGCUUCAGGAAGACCAGCUACUUCCAGGUUGGCAACAUCGGCAAGUACUUGUCUCAGAACCUGCGCAACUAUAUCUUCCACGGCAACGUGAAUCCUAAAGAUGAGGGCGUCAUCCUGACUCUUGAAUACUCCAACCGAACUCCAGCGCCACAAGGCUCCAUCACUAACCAAGAAGACGGGACCUUGUCUUACUACGUACAUAAAACUGAGGAUCUUAGUAAGGAUGAAAAGCAGAAUCUCUACAGGUACUUGGACUCUAUCAAACGAUACAACCGCAACAAAAGAGCUGUCUCUGACAUGGACCACAUGGUGAAUUGACACGUCACGUAGCGCUUGCAUCUGUUUUGAAACAAU